AAAAUCUCUUCACAAGUGUCCAACCAACAAAUCGAGAAAGACGUACAGUAAAGAAGCUCUCUUUUGUAACAAUGACGAACGAGGUGAUCCUUCUUGAUUUCUGGCCAAGUAUGUUCGGGAUGAGGACAAGGAUCGCGUUGAGGGAGAAAGGUGUCGAAUUUGAGUACAGAGAAGAGGAUCUGAGGAACAAGAGCCCUCUGCUUCUCCAGAUGAACCCCAUCCACAAGAAGAUUCCGGUUCUCAUCCACAAUGGCAAACCGGUUAACGAAUCUAUCAUUCAGGUUCAGUACAUUGACGAGGUCUGGUCUCACAAGAGCCCUAUCCUCCCUUCUGAUCCUUACCAGAGAGCUCAAGCUAGGUUCUGGGCUGAUUUCAUCGACAAAAAGAUGUACGAUGCUCAGAGGAAGGUGUGGGCGACCAAAGGUGAGGAGCAAGAGACAGGGAAGAAGGAUUUCAUUGAGAUACUCAAGACGCUUGAGUCUGAGCUUGGAGACAAACCCUACUUUGCUGGAGAUGACUUCGGCUAUGUAGACAUUGCAUUGAUUGGUUUCUCCACCUGGUUUCCAGCAUACGAGAAGUUUGGUAACUUCAGCGUUGAACAAGAGUGUCCGAAACUGACUGCUUGGGUCAAGAAGUGUUUGCAGAGGGAGAGCGUGGCCAAGUCCUUGCCUGAGCCUGAGAAGGUUACCGAGUUCGUCUCCAUGCUCAGGACGAAAUUUGUAGCUGAGUAGAUCUGUUUCUUUGUGCGUUUGGUUAUGAUGCUCUCUGUUUUACUUUGGUGUGGUUCCGUUAUUAAAUAAUGCAGAGCAUCUUUGUGAGGUGAUUUGGGGUGUAGAGAGAAUGUUGUAUCUUGUAUACGCUCUGAGGUUUCAUGUGUGUUUUAUGGCUUGUCCUAGUUUGUGUCCAACUUGGUUAAGUGCGUGUUUAAAUGAAUGAUCGUUAAUAUCUUGUGAUUUC